AUGACAGUGAUGAAACCGCGAUUGAAACGCAGUCUGAGCUCACUAAGUUCACAGAUCAAUGAAUCACGAGAAUCUACAUCACCGAGAAGAUCAGAUGUGCGCGUCAAUAAAAGAAGCCGAGCAAGCAAUAGCAGUGCGGCUCUUCCUGGCUGCAACACGGCGAGGCAAGCAGAAAAUUCCGAAUGGCACCAGAAAUAUCAACCCCAGGAAUUGUCCGAUCUUGUUCUACACAAGCGAAAACUGCAAGAUGUGCGCAAUAUACUCGAACCCAUGGUCUCGGGAGAAAGUUCUUGCCGUAUUUUACUGUUGACUGGUCCUGCUGGUUGUGCUAAAAGCACUUGCAUCAAGCUUUUGGCGGAAGAAUUGAUUUCAAACAGAGUUCACAAACCGUCAGGUUUAACUCUUGUAUCUAAAACCUCACAAGAAUCACCAUAUUGUAUUGAGUAUGAUGGCAGCAAUCUUCCGUCUGGAGUUUCAAAAACCGAUCAUUUCGAUAAUUUCUUGACAGAAGCAAGAUACAGGACUGGUCCGAAUCUUGCAGUGCUGCUGGCUGAAGACCUGCCGAAUGUUUUUCACCAAAGUACGCGCACACAAUUCCAACAAGCGCUACUUCGGUGGCUAUACAGCAGCCAGGCUCAAUUGCCACCUCUGGUCAUUUGCUUAACUGAGUGUGAGCUCCAGGCCCUGGACAGCAAGAAUUUGGGCUUCAGUAUUGAUACACAUUUCAUUGCCGAGACAGUCCUGGGCUUUGAUAAUUUAAUUCAUCCUCGACUGCAGCGCAUUAAGUUUAAUCCUAUCAACAAAACCUUGCUAAAGAAGCAUUUGAAUGACAUCUGUGUUCAAGAAAGACAUGCCUUUAUACCAGGCAAGUGGGAACACAGAAACACAUUUAUUUCGAAUGCUAUACAAAACUGUGGUGAUAUCAGAUCUAGCACAUCCGCAUUACAGCUUUGGGCUACAACUACCGGAUCAAGUCUCCCAAACAAUGGUACUCGAGAACACUCAAUUUCUUAUUUCCAGGGAUUGGGCAGAAUAAUGUACGGGUCGAAAGAAAUUUGUGAUGAUAACCAAAUGAUAAAUCAACUAGUGCUAUCUAGUAGUGCCAAUUUGGGGGAGACCUUGAAAUUGGGUUUAUUAGAAAAUUAUGCAGCCUACAACAAGCAAAAAUUUCCAGUAAGCUACGCAAUGGAUAUAUUAGAUGCACUGAGUCUUGGGGACACAAUGAGUUCAGAUUCUUCAAUGCAGGAUUUGCAAGAAGCUUUAGAAUAUCCAUUGAGAGUGGCCAGGAGAAAGCUCUCUGAACUUAAUGGAGAACAAAGUCUGUCGCAUAGUAAACCAAACUUUCCUAGAGAAUCGAAGGUGCGAAAAUUGUGCAAGUUGUUUGUCUCAGAUGUAGAUAACUACUCUUACAUUACAAUGCAAAAAUAUAACAGUUGGCACACUUUCCGCAACAUUGCGCUUCAUUUUGGCUUUUUCGCACCACUUAUAAGGAAGCAUAGAAAUUACAAGAAGAAGGCCUUAAAUCACCACUUAAAUUCACUGGGCUCACCAAGUGAACGGUGCGCAAUUAUAGAAGCCAACGCAAGCAUACUCGCCGUAGACGAGGAGCAAGAUGUUUUAAAACGCAUAGGUGGCGACCUAAGUUUAGUUAACGCCACCCAAGAUUUCGAGUCUAAAGAAAAGGAAGACGAACCUGCAGCCUCGAACUCCAAAACAUUAGCAUUUCUUAGGUUGUACAACAAAAACUCUGUUAGCGAGGGCAUAAUGGACGGAGAUGAGAACGAUGAUAUGAGUGAUGAAAUCUCAGAUCCCAUCGUUCAUAGCGAAGACGGCGACGACGACAGCUUGGAUUUUAGUGAUGAGGAUGAUACCAUCUACGAUAUUCUAGCAUCACAAUCACCCCGCAAGCCCGGCAGAGCUUGA